CAGUGGGGUGUGAAAAAAGUACCGUAUAAAUUUUGUAUUCCCUCUUCUAUGUGACUCUGGUUUUCCUUCCAUAGUUUGUCAUGGCAGCCCUAUGGGUGAUUGCCAUGCUUUUUUCUUUCUUUUCAAGAGCCAGUUUGGUGGUUGCAGAGGAAUCCAAAUGCUACAAGGAAGAACCUUGUAGAAACCCUAAUGUUGCUCUCCAUCUCAAGCUUGGAGCAAUGGCCUGUAUUUUGGUUGGAAGCACAAUAGGUGUGUGUUUGCCUAUUGUGGGCAGAAAAGUAAAUGUUCUGAGGCCAGAUAAUGUUAUGUUUUUUGUCAUCAAGGCCUUUGCUUCAGGUGUUAUCCUUGCAACUGGGUUUGUUCAUAUCCUUCCUGAUGCCUUUGAGUCUCUGGACAAUCCUUGCUUGAAGGGCAAUGCUUGGGAGCACUUCCCAUUUGCUGGUUUUAUAGCUAUGAUGGCUGCAGUUGGCAGUCUUAUGCUUGAUGCUAUGGCUACUGGGUAUUACCAACGUGCUGACUGUAAUAAGAACCUAAAAGUUGGUGUAGCAGAAAUAUCUCAUCCAGAAGAGGAUAAUGCUAUGGAACAAGAGCAUGGAAGUCACCUCCAUACACAUGGCUAUGCUCAUGGAUGCAAUAACAUGGAUCAAGAAUCUGUUUCUUCUCUUCUACGCCAUCGUGUUAUUUCCCAGGUCUUGGAGCUUGGAAUACUAGCCCACUCUAUUAUAAUUGGAGUAUCACUAGGAGCAUCAGAGAGCCCUUGCACAAUAAGACCUCUAGUUGCAGCCUUGACAUGUCAUCAGUUGUUCGAAGGAAUGGGGCUUGGAGGAUGCAUAGUUCAGGCGGGCUUCAAGAAUAGAUCUACUACUAUUAUGGCCUUCCUCUUUUCAGUGACUACACCGCUUGGAAUUGCUGUGGGAAUCGCAAUUGCAUCUGCUUAUAAUCAAAACAGCCCAACAGCUCUUAUAGUUGAAGGAUUACUUUAUUCAGCGUCUGCAGGAAUUCUAAUAUAUAUGUCACUGGUGGAUCUUCUUGCAGCAGACCUUUUAAAUGCAAAAAUGCAGAGCAGCGCAACGCUUCAACUGUGGGCUUAUAUAGCUCUCCUGUUGGGUAUCAGUGCUAUGUCUUUGUUGGCCAGAUGGGCUUAACUAUUAAGCCCAUUAACUAUCUUAAAUAAAUCAUCACUAUGCUAUCCAGCUGAUAUGAUGAGCUUGUUUGCUGUACAAAAAGUGUCCUGCGUAUGUUGUCAUCCAAGGGUUUUGCUUGAUUAUUUUAAUAAUCAGAUAAAACCAUAUAUGUAUAUGUAUAUAUAUGUGUGUCUUUUUCA